AUGGAUUCGGAUGAUGAUGAUGAUGUGGUUAUUUUGGGGUGGUGGCUAAAGAAAAUGAAAAGAAUAAAGUAUUGGGGUCACCCGUUGAUCAGGGUUUGUCAACACAGUACUUACGUUGUAGCUCGUCACUUGUGCAGUGAUCCUUUCAAAUUUAAGGAUUUUUGUAGAAUGUCGAAGCCACUUUUUGAUCGUUUGGUGGAAUUAGUUAGUCCUUUAAUAGCGAGGAAAGACACCAACUGGAGGUUAGCUUUGAGUGUUGAGGAAAAAUUAACAAUUACAGUGAGGUACCUUGCUACUGGUAGCUCGUUCAAAUGUUUGGCUCAAUUUUUCAUGAGAGGAGAACGAACUAUUGGUUUGGUUGUAGCGGAGACAACGGAGGCAAUAUGGAGUUGUUUACAACCUCAGUACAUGCCAGUUCCUGACGAAAAUAUGUGGAAGUGCAUAGCUCAGCGCUACCUGGAACUUUGGAGUUUGCCAAACUGCAUUGGUGCAAUAGAUGGCAAACAUGUCAGAAUUCAAAAAUUUAAACACGCAGGAUCAGCUUAUUUUAAUUAUAAAGGUUACCACUCUGUUCAUAUUAUGGCAUGUGCUGAUGCAGAUGGCUGUUUUACAACCAUUGAUGUGGGAGAUCUAGGACGAAACAGUGAUGGGGUGUGUUCCGUACUUCACGUUUAGGUCGGUGGUUGGAUCGAGAUGAGUUGAAUGUACCACGACCACAUCCUCUACCUUUUGACACUAAUGAGGCUCCUUUCCCAUAUUUCUUUGUUGCAUACGAGGCAUUUCCUCUUAAAAAGUACCUUAUGAAGCCUUACCCAAGAGCUGCUUUGACAGAUGAACAAAGAAUUUGCAAUAUUUUCGGUUGACUUUAGGUCGCAAGACGGUAGAGUGUGCUUUUGGAAUGCUAAGGUCAA